GUUCCAACAGUGACCCGGAAGUAAGGAGCACGAGGCGCUAGCAGCUUUAGCUUGUUAGAAGGCUAGUAGCGCUAGCUUGUAUCAAGACGACGGUGGGAAGUUUUGUUGGGAAGUUUGUGAGGUUUUUGGACAGAAAUGACGAUACGUGGUUCGUGUGGGAACUCUCAGCAUUUUCCAAAGUCUCGUAAAUGAGUGAAGAAGUGUUGAACCAAAAGACAACGUGGAUUGCUGUGAUUGAGACUAGCAGCUGAUCGGAGCUGCAGUGAAGAGGACCGCGGUGUUUGUGGGAGUUGGAGCUGAAGAUCGGAGCAGGAACCAUGUCUUCCCUUCAGUCUCUGAGAGAGUUGAUCAGCGAGCGACUAGCUGCUGCUGCUGAAGAAAUCUUCAGACUCUGUGAAGGAACCAUCGUCCAGUACGAGCAGGAGCUCUGUCGUCAGCGCAGACUGCUGGACAUAGCGUGGAAACCACAGCUUCAGCUUCACUCUAUAGCCCUCCCCCAGCAUUGGAUGACAGAAGAGGAAGAUCUCUGCAACCAGCAGAGGAACUUGAGCGUGGAGCAGGAGGAACCAGAACAGAUUAGAGUGGAACUGCAUGAUCCAGAACCUCCACAGAUCAAAGAGGAACCAGAUGAACCAGAACCAGAAGAAUUCUUCAUCAUUCAGGAUGAAGGUCAGCUGGAUCUGAAGCAGGAGACUGAUACCUUGAUGGAGAUUCCUACUUAUGAGGAGGAUAAGAACAGUGAAGCAGAUCUAAACAACCAGCAGAGCUUUAAUGUAACUGAUGGUGAGUGUGAAGAAGGAAGCCAACAAGAAGUAAACCAAGAUGAAGAUUCAACAUCAACUACAGAUGAAGAGACAGACACACAAAACAGAGAUCAGAGGAAGAGAAGAGUCCAAAGUGUGGAGAGCUCUCACAUGUCAGAAGUCCUCCCCAAGCAUUGGGUGAUUAAAGAGGAGGAUCUCUGCAACCUGCAAAGGAACUUCAGAGUGGAACAGGAUGAUCGAGAACCUCCACAUUAUGAAGAGCAGGAGGAACCAGAACCUCUACAUUAUAAAGAGGAGCCAGAGGAACAAGAACCUUCAGAGAUGAAAGAGGAGCCAGAGGAACAAGAACCUUCAGAGAUGAAAGAGGAGCCAGAGGAACCCUUCAUCGGUCAGUAUGAGGAGCUUGAUCUGAAGCAGGAGACUGAUACCUUAAUGGAGAUUCCUACUUAUGAGGAAGAGGAGGACAGUGAACUAACUGAUUGUCAGGAUGAAGAAGUAAACCAACACGAAGAAUCAACAUCAACUACAGAUGAAGAGACAGACCCACAGAACAGAGAUCAGAGGAAGAGAAGAGACAGAAGUCAUGUCCAAAGUGCGGACAGCUCUCACAUGUCAGAAAGUCAGUGUGACUUUGAUGUUAGAAUAAAUCCUAACAAAUCAGCCUUGGUUAAGAAACGUAAACGAUCUCCAAAAGAAGAGAGACUUUCCUCUAUCAGGUCUGGCAAAAACUCCAGAAUAACUAGUAAUCCGUCUGACUAUAUGGGAACUGGAUCUGAUGAAAAAUGUUAUAUCUGCAAAGAAUGUGGUAAAAGCUUUUGUAACAUAUCUCUGUUCGAAAUACACAUAAGAAUCCAUGCAGAAGAUAAGCGAUUUCCUUGUACAGAAUGUGAAAAAAGUUUUACUCGGAAAUCUAAUCUCAAAACACACAUGAGAACUCACACAGGCGAGAAGCCCUUCACUUGUAAAGAAUGUAAUACAAGUUUUAAUCAAAUAUCUGGUCUUAGAAUACACAUGAGAACUCACACACGAGAACAGCCUUUUUCAUGUGAAGAAUGUAAAAAAAGCUUUAAUCAAAUAUCUAAUCUCAUAACACACAUGAGAACACACACAGGAGAAAGGCCUUUUACUUGUAAAGAAUGCAACAAAAGUUUUAAUCAAAUAUCUAAUCUCCAAAAACACAUGAGAACUCACACAGGAGAAAAGCCCUUUUCUUGUAAAGAAUGUAAAAGAAGUUUUAAUCAAAUAUCUAAUCUUCAAAAACACAUGAUAACCCACACAGGAGAAAAGCCCUUUUCUUGUGAAAAAUGUAAAAGAAGUUUUAAUCAAAUAUCUAAUCUCCAAAAACACAUGAGAACCCACACAGAUGAAAAGCCCUUUUCUUGUGAAAAAUGUAAUAAAUCUUUUAAUCAAAUAUCAAAUCUCAAAACACACAUGAGAACUCACACAGGAGAAAAGCCUUUCUUUUGUAAAGAAUGUAACAAAAGUUUUAAUCAAAUAUCCAAUCUCCAAAAACACAUGAGCACUCACAAAGGAGAGAAGCCUUCAAAAAUGUGAAUAAUUUAAAACACGUUUUUGAAGUUUAAAAACUCCAGGGGUCAACCCCCAAUGUUCUAAUGAACUCCAAAGCAACCUGAAGUUGCCACAUUGAUAGAGUAACUUUAUUAGAGGAAGGCACAUUAUUGAUUAUUGAAUGUGCAGAAAUUCUUUUUUUUUCUUUUUAAGACUUUGAAUGAUUUGAUAUUGUAGCGCAGUUUGGCCCUUUUUAUAUUUGAGACAAAACCUUUGAAGAUACGCAAAUGUUUAAUGGUGUGUUUAGUACAAUUUUAGUGGGAAUUGGGUAAACUAAGAGCCAUUUUAAGUUGCAUUUAAUAUUUUUUUGAUUUAUUAAUGUAGAAUCUUCUGUAUGAUGCUGCUCAGUUUGUUAUUGUCAGUGUUGUACUAAAGCAAAACAGCUACAAGGUUGCGGCUGAGCAUUACUGGAGGGCUGGAUAUUUGUGAACCUGAGUGCUUCUGGAAACAAAAUAAAUACCUGCUUUGUUCUACCUGG